UCUACUGUAAGUAAUCUAAAUAAUUUCAACUCCUUCUGUCAAAAAUGAGAUACUUAACGAUAAUCGACGCUCCACUCUAUUGACGUUCAAUCGUGAUUUCUAUACCACAUAAUAUACUGAAUACUCGUAUACCUAUGUACUGCGCAGUUCACCAGUUUUACUCUAACACUACCCAAUUACCUACCGUCUACCUAUAUAAGUUAAAGUAUAUAUUACUACCUACUGAGUUGGUCACACGCGUGACAUGUAGUUUAAAUAAAAGUAUGUAAUGUAUAAUUAAUAUUAUAUAUACUAUCAUUUUAUCAUAUAUAAUUAUACGGUUAUAUCACCCGAAUCGUUUUCAGAGUUUAGGUUCGCAUAAAUAUUUUAUUUGAAAAUGGGAAAUAAUUUAUUUUUUAAGGAUAUAUUAUUAAGCAUUACAUUAAUCACCUCGUGCGUUUUCAAUACAUCAUCACAACAAGUGAUAAGGAAUCUUGGCUUGAACGAAGGUGAUAUAUGUCGUAAAGAUCCAAGAUCUAAUAAAGAUUUUGUAUGUACUUAUGCAAGAGACUGUGAAGCUUUAAAAGAAAGUAUUAUAACUCGGAACUAUCUUGAUAUUUGUAAAUUCAUUGGUUUAGAACCUAUAGUUUGUUGUCCGGAAAAGGCUAAUGAACAGUUAAGUGAAAUUCCAGAAACUAAAAAUGAAAAUCCAACAUCUGCCGAUGAAAAAUGCAAUCAAUAUUUCCAAUUAAUUCCUCAAACGUUUGGAAUUGCAGCUGUUGGUGGUACAUCGGUUAAAGAAAAAGAGUUCCCCCACAUGGCACUAAUAGGAUAUGGUGAAACUACAGAAUAUGGAGACGAUUGGAGAUGCGGAGGUUCGCUGAUUAGCGAAAGGUGGAUAUUAACAGCGGCGCAUUGUAGACAAAUUGGUGUUUCGAGUAUGGCUCGUUGGGUUCGACUCGGAGUUAUAGACAGAGUCGUUAAUGAAGACAGUAUAGUUCAACCAAAAGACUAUCAAAUAGUGCAACAUGUAAUACAUCCUGAUUACAAACCACCUUCGCGAUACAACGAUAUAGCUCUAUUCCGAUUAGAAAGGGACGUAGAAUUUUCGGAUGCAGUGCGACCGAUUUGUCUCAACUCAGACCAGUCCGUUGUACCAUUAAAACAGAUACUAACUGGUUGGGGAAGAACUUCAACAGCUGGGCCAGUAAGUGACAAUUUGUUAAAAGUAGAAUUGGACAUUUAUCCGAUAAACCAGUGCAACAAAACUUAUUUUUCAAAUAAUGAUCCAACAUUACAAUUCGGCAUAUUACCUGACAGUAUGAUAUGCGCGGGUUCAUUUGAUGGUGAAAAAGACAGUUGUUUGGGUGAUUCGGGAGGCCCGCUUCAAUUAGAACAUCAAUACUACGAGAAAAUGUAUACUCAAUACGGAAUUACAUCGUUUGGAAGAUUUUGUGCCGACAAGGAUACUCCCGGCAUUUAUACUAAAGUAGCUAAUUACAUUUCAUGGAUUGAAAAAAUAGCAUUUUUAAACAACAUGAAAAAUAUUCAUUUAUUGAAAAUUAUAUUAUGUAACAUUAUAUUAAUUGUUUUUUACGUUUUCAACACAUCAUCACAACUAGUUGUAAAAAAUCUUGGCUUGGACAAAGGUGAGAUAUGUCGAAAAGGCCAAAGACCAGAACAGGAUUAUGUAUGCAUGAGUGCAAACAGUUGCAAAGCCGCCUUACAGGAAAGUAUUAGAACUAGUAAUUAUCUUGAUAUAUGUAAUUUCGAUGGUCUACACCCAAUAGUUUGCUGUCCGAUAAUGACUAACGGACCGUUAAUUGCAGAAAAUAAUAAAGACAAUUCAAUAACUGUCGAUAAAAAAUGUAAUGAAUAUUUCAAAUUAUCGAAUAGAGUACAAUCUGAAACUGUGUCGAAUAUUCAGUCUGCAAAUGAUGGUCCGUAUUCAGCUGUGGGUGGUACACCAGUUAACAUAAAACAGUUUCCACACAUGGCACUAAUAGGGUUUGGUGAAACUACAGAAGAUAGUGAGGAUUGGAGAUGUGGUGGCUCGCUGAUCAGCGAAAGGUGGAUAUUAACUGCAGCGCACUGUCAACAAACGAAUUCUGGGAGUAUGGCUCGUUGGGCUCGCCUCGGAGUAGUAGACAGAGUCAUUAAUGAAGACAGUAUAGUUCAACCAAAAGACUAUCGAAUAGUGCAACAUGUAAUACAUCCUAAUUACAAACCACCUUCGCUUUACAACGACAUAGCUCUAUUCCGUUUGGAAAGAGACGUAGAAUUUUCUGACACAGUGCGACCAAUUUGUCUCAACUCGGAUCCGUCUUUAACUCCAUUAAAACAGAUACUAACUGGUUGGGGAAGAAUUUCUACGGCUGGACCACUUAGUAAUAAUUUGUUAAAAGUGGAUUUGGAUAUUUUCUCAACAAAACAGUGCAAUGAAAGUUAUUUUUCAAAUAAUAAUCCAAAAUUACAAUUUGGUAUAUUACCCGAUAGCAUGAUGUGUGCGGGUUCAUUUGAUGGUGAAAAAGACAGUUGUUCGGGUGAUUCGGGAGGUCCACUUCAAUUAGAACAUGACAACUUCACUGGAAUGUAUACACAAUACGGAAUUACAUCUUUUGGGAAAUUUUAUGGUGACAAGAAUACACCUGGAGUUUAUACAAGAGUAGCCAAAUACAUAUCUUGGAUCGAAAAAAUAGUGUUUUCAAAUAAUAAAAAAAUGUAUUUUAAAAUUAAAUAUUGCUCAUACUUUAAAACUUUAUUAGCUUUAAUAGUAUGUAUAUUAAUUUCUGGAAAAAAGGCAAAUAUACUUAAUUUGUAUGAAGGUGAUAUAUGUAAAAUAGGUAAGGAUAAUUCUAAAAAUCAUAUCUGCAGACAACCAGAAAAUUGUACAUCGUUAGAACAGGACAUACGAAGUCAGAAUUUCCCACAGGUAUGUUCAUUUAUAAAAAACAAGCCUAUAGUCUGCUGUUCACCCACAAUAAUAGUCAACAUAACAAAUUAUAAGCCAGCCUUAAACACCACUAAUGCUUCAUCGUCAUAUUCUGCCACUGAAAUGUGUCGCCAAUAUUCGGAACUGGUGUACAUAACCGUUGACACAUCUACGUCCAACGAAGGGACGCCGUCGAAAAUUCUUAAUUGUUAUAACGUAUUGACAUUGAUCAUUGGGGGCUCCAAAGCCAAGCCGAAGGAAUUUCCGCACAUGGCACUAUUAGGUUAUGGGUCCAACAAGGAAAAGUCGUGGAGCUGCGGAGGUUCGUUGAUAAGCAACAGGUGGAUCAUGAGUGCAGCACACUGCAACAAAAAUGCUGGACGUAUGGUGAGCUGGGCACGUUUGGGCGAUUUGAACAUUUAUUCGGAUCCUGACGACGCCAGCCCGGUCGACUACGAAAUCGUGGAACGCGUUAUACACCCUGACUAUAAUCCUACUUACGUGUACAAUGAUAUAGCACUGUUCCGUUUGGGAGAGGAAGUUAAGUUUUCAGCUUACGUGCGACCCGUAUGCCUAAACACGGCCCAAACGUUUCGCUUUAAUAAGGCCACAGCUAUCGGCUGGGGUCGGACCUCGACCAGUGGACCAAUUAGUCCCGACCUGUUAAAAGUGGAUCUAUCUCCUAUAUCAAUUAACAGUUGUAAGUAUAGUUAUCCUCAGAGUUCCAACCCGAGAAUAAACCUAGGAAUAAUCGAAGAUAGCAUGAUAUGCGCAGGUGACAUUAGAGAUGGAAACGACACGUGUACGGGCGAUUCUGGCGGUCCACUGCAAGUAAAACACCCCAAUUACCCGUGUAUGCAAACGCAAAUCGGUAUAACAUCGUUCGGAAAAUACUGCGGUAAUAAGAACACACCCGGUGUCUAUACCAGAGUGUCCUAUUAUGUUCCGUGGAUCGAAAAAAUUGUUUGGCCAAAAAGUUGAAUGGAAGCAAAACUCACCAAACACAAUAAACGAAUUUUUAAAUAAAAAUUCAAUAAUUGUAUCUGAUACAUUGUAGUCAAUAAUCAUGCCCUUGUAUUCGUAAUAAUAUUAUUUUUUAUACUUAGAUUAGAUUAAAUUAAAAAUACACUAUUAUUUAUUACAGUUUAUUUAUCAUUUUUUUACGCUAUAAAAGAAUAAAGAUAAAUUAUACAUUUAAA